AUGGCGGACGAGUGCAGGGUCUCCUCCGGCAUGGGGCCGCGGCGAGGGGACAGCGGAGACGCCGGUGCGCAGCCUUCGCCAGCUCCUGCCGAGCCGCUUCCCAAGCGGCUUCACCUCCCGCCGGCUCAGCCCCUCGCUGCGGGGACGGCGCGGUGGCCGCUGUUCCUGCUCCUCCUGGGCAGUGGAACCACCGAGCAGGUGGAACGCGUGGCUCGCCGGGCUGAGAUGGUCCUGGAGGAAAUCCCGAAGGGAAACGCUUCCCUGGUGCUCAGAGAUGCGGAGGUGAGAGAGGAAGGAACCUACUGGUGCUUGGUGUCAGUGGCUUCUCUCGCUGGGGUACAGUCAAUCCAGCUGCAAAUAGAAGAAAAACCCACAGUGACCAUUAACAUCACCUCUCUGUCACUGGUGGAAGGAGAGCAGCACAAGCUGGGCUGCAACAUCAGGCACUACUACCCACACAACACCCAGGCUCAGUGGCUCCAGGAGCCAAAGGACACCUGGAAGGUCCCCGAUGUCAUGAAGAACGUUCUCUCGAGUGGUGACCCGCAGAGCAGCAAUGGGACCUACAGCUCCUCCAGGUGCUUCCUGCUCACAGCGUCCCUGAAGGACGGUGGCCAUAAGUACACGUGCUGGGUAGACCACCCCAGCUUGCAGUCCCCCAUCAGAAGAAGUGUGACCACGGAGGUGAGGGGUACACCGCUCACUUGGGGACAUUGUCCCCUGCACCCUUGA